UAAAGCCCACACCAAUCAGCGUGAACAUCAACUUCCCCGAUACGUUACCCGCCGUAACCACACACAGAGUCACACCACCGCCCGCUCGUCCAGGAUCAAGCACUAAUUAAGACGCCGCGGCAUUGAAGCUGAAACUAAAUUCAAGAUUGCUUUUGGUUAGCAAUUGCGUGAAGGUUAUGUUUUCAUCUCUAUCCCGCAAGCGUCAAACUAACUCAGCAGCAGCGGAUUAAGAGCCUCAAAGUGUCAAAAACGUAACAUUAUUAUUAACUGGCGUAUUAAUUAAAUCCCCAUUAAAUUCGUUACUCUCUAAAAAGAUCACCUGUCCCUCUCCCCAAAUAAACAAAAUGCCUCCAAAAAUCCAGAGAGACUGAAACAGAAAAGAAUACAGCGAAAAACUCACACCGCUCUCUCUCUCAGAUCUCAAAACAAACCCUAGCUUUCCUUUCCUUUUUCACCCUCUCAUUCAAAACAGAUUCUCUUCUUUUUUCUCUGACAAUUUCUCUAACAUUUCCUUCCUCCUUUGCUAAUUCAACGAACAAAUAGAAUCGCUUGUUCUCCGUUCUUCGUUUUCUAUAAUUUGUUACCGUUUGUUGCUGACUCCGAUCCGGUUGACAGCUGAUCCGGCCGGCAUUUCCGAUUCCGCUGUGGUUCGUGGUGAAAUGUUGGAGUGAAUAGAGAGAGAAAGGAGAGAUGGAUGAUAGAGGAGGAUCAUUUGUGGCUGUGAGGAGGAUUUCUCAAGGUCUCGAGCGAGGAAAUAAUACUUGCCAUUCAACUUCUGCUGAGGCUGUGGCAGGAUCAGCAGCGUGGCUUGGCCGUGGUCUUUCUUGUGUUUGUGCACAAAGAAGAGAGAGUGAUGCUCGUCCAUCAUUUGAUUUAACCCCUGUACAGGAGGAAUGCUUGCAGAGGUUGCAGAGUCGUAUAGAUGUUCCCUAUGAUAGUUCAGUUCUUGAUCACCAGGAAGCUUUGAAGGCCUUAUGGAAUGCUGCUUUUCCUGAAGAAGAACUUCAUGGUUUGAUAUCUGAGCAGUGGAAGGAAAUGGGUUGGCAAGGAAAGGAUCCAUCAACAGAUUUUAGGGGUGGUGGUUUUAUAUCAUUGGAGAAUUUGUUGUUCUUUGCUAGGAAUUUUCCGAAGUCCUUUCAGGAUCUUCUUCAAAAGAGGGAAGGUGAUAGAUCAGUAUGGGAAUACCCAUUUGCUGUAGCUGGUGUGAACAUCACGUUUAUGCUUAUUCAGAUGCUUGAUCUGGAAGCAGUCAAACCACGAGCACUGGUGGGAGCAACUUUCUUGAAGUUUCUUGCAGAGAAUGACUCGGCAUUUGACCUUCUCUAUUGCAUAACAUUCAAGCUUAUGGAUCAUGAAUGGCUUACCAUGCGCGCCUCCUAUAUGGACUUCAAUGCGGUUAUGAAAUCUACACGCCGUCAACUAGAGAGGGAGCUUCUGUCCGAAGACAUAACGCGGCUAGAAGACUUGCCCUCUUACACCCUCCUUACACGAUAGUAUAGUAGUUGUAGAGUUAAUUUUCCUGCAAAAGAAGAACCACUGCCAACAUUUGGCACAUUUGGGUUCCUGCCACGUUCUUCUCCUUGUUCCUUUUAGUUGGAUGGUGUUUUGUACAUGAUAUGUUGCUUCUCAUAAAAACUUUAGCAGAAGCUAUGUAGUGAAUCCCCCAUUUAAUUUCAAAAAAAGGUUUUUUUGAGCUUGUCAA